UAAAAACAUCAAAAUGUCUAUGUCCUCUAUUUUUAGUAGACCAAGAUUGGUUGUUAAGAAAGUUUUGGCUAGAGCUCAAAAUGAAGGUGAUGGUGCUAUUGUUAGAAGAAGCAUUGGAAGGCCUGAAUUGCAGAAUCUUGAUCCAUUCCUCAUGUUAGAUGAGUUUAGUGUUUCACAACCUGCUGGAUUUCCUGACCAUCCACACAGAGGUUUUGAGACUGUCACUUAUAUGUUGCAGGGAGCUUUUACUCAUCAAGAUUUUGCUGGUCACAAGGGUACAAUCAGGACUGGUGAUGUGCAGUGGAUGACAGCAGGAAGAGGUAUAGUUCAUUCAGAAAUGCCUGCUGGACCAGGUACUCAAAAGGGGUUGCAGCUUUGGAUAAAUUUAUCUUCUAAGGACAAAAUGAUUGAGCCAAGGUAUCAAGAAUUGCUACACCAAGACAUACCAAAGGCUGAAAAAGAUGGUGUUUCGGUUACUAUUUUAGCAGGGGAAUCCAUGGGGAAAAAAUCACAAGUUUUCACGCGAACGCCUACAAUGUACCUUGAUUUCACCCUAAAACCAGGUUCUGAGCAUCAUCAACCGAUCCCCGAGACCUGGAAUGCCUUCCUCUACAUAGUUGAAGGAGAGGGAGCGUUUGGUUCUUCGGAUUCAACCACUACACCAGCUCACCAUUGCUUGGUUUUAGGCCCUGGUGAAGGUCUAAGUGUGUGGAACAAAUCUUCAAAGCCAUUGAGGUUUGUUCUGAUAGGAGGGCAACCGAUUAACGAGCCUGUCGUGCAGUAUGGUCCAUUUGUUAUGAACACUAAGAGUGAGAUUAUGCAGGCUUAUCAAGAUUAUCAACUUGGAAAGAAUGGAUUUGAAAGAUCAAGACAAUGGUAUUCUAAAUGAGUAAACAGAGUUACAUCUUAUACUUCAUGAACAUUAAGUGCAAUAGUCAUUAGUUUUCUUAAUGAUUUCAAGUUGUGUUAGUCUUUGCUUUCAUUUGAAAUGUUAUGUGUGUUGAGUGAUGUUUAUUAGUGUUCAUUUCCUUCAUUUGUUCAAGAUUGUAUUUAUAGUAAUUUAUGUUAGAGUUCUUGAAUUA